AUGGCCUCACUCAUCGUGGUGACCGAGUACGACGCGACGGGGAGUGCAAGCGAGGAGGAGAUGAACGCAGCCGGUGGCGAGGGUUUUGGGGACGGCCGGGAGCCGAGGGCGAAGCUGCACCUCUCUGGCCGAAAGCUCUCCCUGCAGGAGCGGUCACAGCCUGCUCGCUCGCCUGGGAGCGGCGGCGACGCCGCCAACGAACGCUUCAUCUACCCGUCCCUCCCUUACUCUCCGGUGACGUCCCCGCAUUCCUCCCCGCGGCUGCCACGGCGGUGGAGACAGUGGGGGUGGUAUUUCCUGGAGGACUGUGUGCAGCUCAACCAGUACAAGCUGAAGGAUGAGAUCGGGAAGGGCUCCUACGGGGUGGUGAAGCUGGCCUACAACGAGGACGAUAACACCUACUAUGCAAUGAAGGUUCUCUCCAAAAAGAAGCUGAUGAGACAGGCGGGCUUCCCCCGUCGCCCACCGCCCCGCGGGGCCAAGGCUGCCUCCGAGGGCUGCCUGCAGCCCAAAGGGCCCAUCGAACAGGUCUACCAGGAGAUCGCCAUCCUGAAGAAGCUGGACCACCCCAACGUGGUGAAGCUGGUGGAGGUCCUGGAUGACCCCAGCGAGGACCACCUGUACAUGGUGUUUGAACUGGUGAAGCAAGGCCCCGUGAUGGAAAUCCCAACCCUGAAACCUCUCAGCGAGGACCAGGCUCGGUUCUACUUCCAGGAUCUGAUCAAGGGCAUUGAAUACUUGCACUAUCAAAAGAUAAUCCACCGGGAUAUUAAACCUUCCAACCUCCUCGUGGGGGAAGACGGGCACGUCAAGAUCGCUGACUUCGGAGUGAGCAAUGAGUUCAAGGGCGCCGAUGCCCUCUUAACCAACACGGUGGGCACCCCCGCCUUCAUGGCCCCGGAGACGCUCUCAGAAACCAGGAAAAUCUUCUCUGGAAAGGCUUUGGAUGUCUGGGCCAUGGGGAUCACACUGUACUGCUUCGUGUUUGGGCAGUGCCCUUUUAUGGAUGAAAGGAUCCUGAGUUUACACAAUAAAAUCAAGACCCAAACGCUGGAGUUUCCAGACCAGCCAGAAGUUACAGACUUCUUGAAGGACUUGAUUACACGGAUGCUGGAUAAAAAUCCUGAAUCUAGGAUUUCGGUCCCAGAAAUCAAGGAAAGUACUGUGCAACAGCCUUUCGCAGGAGAUUUCUGGUCCUCUGCCCCUGCAGGAGCCUGGAAGGGGCGAGAAGCUGAGAAAAUGGAGACUAAGUUGCACCCUUGGGUCACCAAGAACGGAGCGGAGCUGCUGCCCACGGAGGAUGAGAACUGCACCCUCGUCGAGGUGACGGAGGAGGAGGUGGAGAAUUCGGUCAAGCACAUCCCCAGCCUGGCCACCGUGAUCUUGGUUAAAACGAUGAUCCGGAAGCGAUCCUUUGGGAACCCGUUCGAGGGGAGCAGGAGGGAGGAGCGGUCAUUGUCUGCCCCCGGGAACCUGCUGCCGAAACAAGGCAGUGAAGAUAAUCUGAAAUGCAAUGAUUUGCCCAACGUGGGAGAGGAGGAACUUCUUUCAUGA